AUGUGGAACUUGUUGGACUUGGAUUAUGAAGGGUAAUCCCCUGUGAUAAAUUAACAAGAUGAGCAAAAAAAUGAAUAACCUUUCUAAUAAACUCAAAAACAAAAUUAGUAAAUUCAUCAACUAUAAACAUUGGAAAUUAAUAAGCGAGGCUCAGAUAAGCUUGAUCUUAUCAACAUGGGUAAGCCAUUGGCUAUUUCACCUACUGCUCAAAAACUUUAGGAAAUACAAUAAUCGAUGCCAAUAAAGCCUGCCCCUGAAAUUUAUUCGUUUUCUCAGUGUUCGAAAUUAUAAUGUAAAAAAUUGGGGUUUAACAUAUUUGCUUAAGGUGUUCCACCUAUAAAAAUAGCUGGGUAUGUCAAUAUAAUUUUAUGUAGUUUUGAAAAGAAAGCAGGAGGACUCUUUAAAAAGGAUUAUGUUGUAUAUAAUGUUAAAACAGGAGAAGAAUACACUGUGUAAAGAAGAUACAAAGAUUUUUAAUGGUUAUAACAAACACUUUUGAAACUAUUCCCAGGAGUUGGUAUACCAAGUUUUUCUGAAAAAAAAGCAAAGAAAACCGCAAAAAAUAAAGCUCAAAAAAGGGCUAUCCUAUUAGAGUUCUUUUUGAAUGAAUUGGCAAAGAGUGAACUUUUUAGAAAUAGCAAAUAUUUUGUAGACUUUCUUCGUUUAACUGAUCCAGCCUAAUUUAAAUAAUUAAAAAAGUUUGGAGAAAAACUAAGUAAACCUAAUAAAUUUGAAAGUCUUCUCAAUAUGACAGGAACUGUUAUAUUUGUACCAGAUAUUAAAUUGAAUAAUUUCGAAACCUUCAUAUAACAAGAAGAACCGGUUUAUGAAAAAAUUAAAGAUCUUUUUAAAGCAAUAACACAACAUUUAUCAGAUGUAUCUAAACUUAUUAAAGAUAUUGAAGAUUCUUUAUAAACUUUAACAAAUUUAUGUUAAAAAUACGAAAUUAAUUAAGAUUAUGAUCCUUUAUAAGAAAUGGCCAAAAAAUUAGAUGAAUAAAUAACAAAGUGCAGUUCAAAUUAAUACAAUAGAAUGUAUAAUAUGUUUCGAUAUUAAACUCAAAAUUUUUCAUAAAUUAAAAGUAUUCUAAAGUAGAGAAAUGAUCUACAGGCUGAAUUUUCUAAUAGAAAAGACUUUAAAGUAGAAUAAAUAAAUGAACUCUAUAGUUCAAGAGAAAAUGCUAAAUAGAUUGAUGAGUUAGAAUUUCCAGCAAAAAAUUCGAAGCUUUUGGCUUAUCAAUUAGGUUACAUGAACUGGAGAACUAUUGAGGAAAUUAAGACGUUUUUAUAGCAUCGAUAAAUUGGACUUUAAGCAUUUUCAUAAGAAGUGUUGAAUUGA